UUGUUUGAAGUUUUUAACACCCUUGUAUCCAAGCAAGACCAACUCACAAGUAGACUUUUUAGAAAACAAGCCCAGGCCCACGAUGUAGCCCACAUAGGACAAUCUCACUUUGUCGCUUUAUGGUUGACCAAUACAUUUUCACGCGCCUUCAGAGGCAUGUGGCCCAAUUCCCAGUUCUUUUUGGCAUCCUUUACCUCGCACUUUGGAACCCACUGUUACUGCCACCCUUGCUUGCCCCUCUCUCUUGGUUCUACCGGAAGACCAAAGAGAGUGUCUUUUGGGGAGAGAAAACAAAUACCCAUUUCUCUACUUUACUCUUAUUUGUGCUAUUUGAUUCCGAGAGCUUGUGUGGGUGCUGGGUAUUUUGGCUGCUAGAGAAGCCAUUGCAGGAGCUCUUAAAAUAAGCAAUUUUGGUGGACUCCUCUCAAAAAAAAUCAGGUCAGCUUCUCUUAUUAUUGAUGCUCAAUCAGUGACUUGGGUUCCCUGUGAUGGCGCAAAACAAAUAAGAUAUUUAUAGCAUCUAAUAACUGCCUCCUUCUACACUCUAAAUUUUUGCACUCAAAUUCAAAUCUGGGAAAAUAUGAAGGAAAAUUAAAUUUUGGGUUUAUUGAGUUGUGUAUUGGUUGAAGCGGAAAAGUGUGUUUAUUGCAAAAAUGGGUGGGGUAUAGGUUUGAUUUUUGAAUUUGAAGUAGCAUGGUUUUUGGGUGUUCUCAUAUGAUCUGUGAGAUGAUAGAGAGAGCAAAGAGCAUAGGUUGUUGAUGGAACAUACUAAUUUGAAGAUGGCUUGGAUUCGGCACCAAAUCAAGCAAAAAGAUGGGUUCUUGAUGUACCCACCUCCUCUUUCUGCUUCAUCUUCAUCUCCAUAUACUGAUGCUUUCCAUGGACAACCACCCCCUUCAUCACCAUCACCAUCACCUUCGGGUACUAGAAUAAGCCCAGCUGUUCUUUUUAUAAUAGUGAUUCUUGCUGUGCUAUUUUUCAUAUCCGGCCUUCUCCACCUGCUUGUUAGAUUCCUCGUAAAGCAACCGUCAUCAGCAGAGUCCUCUCAAUCCGAUAGAUAUCCGGAAAAUUCUAGCUCUGAUACCCUUCAAAGGCAGCUACAACAACUCUUCCAUCUUCAUGAUUCUGGUCUGGAUCAAGCUUUUAUAGAUGCUCUGCCUGUUUUCCAAUACAAAGAAAUAGUUGGUCCAACAGAGCCAUUUGACUGUGCUGUUUGUCUUUGUGAAUUCUCUGAGAAAGACAAGCUGAGAUUGCUUCCUAUGUGUAGUCACGCAUUCCAUGUCGGUUGCAUAGAUACUUGGCUACUUUCAAACUCAUCGUGUCCACUUUGUAGAGGGACCCUCUUCACUCCUGGGUUUCCCAUUGAAAACCCAAUUUUUGAUUUUGAUGAUUUGAGAGAGGAGGAUGGGUAUCCUGGUAAUGGAGAAAAUAGAUUUGCUUCGGGUCAGAAAAGAGUAGAAAUUGAAGAAAUAGUCGUUGAUAAGGGAGUUUUACCAGUGAGACUUGGAAAAUUCAGGAGACUAAAUGAUGAGGUUGUUGAGGCAGGAGGAGAGACUAGUAGCAGUAAUUUGGAUGCAAGGAGAUGUUUCUCAAUGGGUUCAUAUCAAUAUGUGGUUGGUAACUCAGACCUCAGAGUUACCUUAAGUCAUAAUCAGCGUGAACGCAAUGUCAAAUUGGAGACAGGAAUAGAGCAGAAUGGAAAUCCUCCUGUUGAGGGCGAUGUAGAAGGGAAGAAAAUUAGUAGUGUUGCUAAAGGAGAGAGCUUUUCUGUUUCCAAAAUCUGGCAAUGGUCUAAGAAGGGCAAAUUUUCAAGCCCUUCUGAGGUCCCGAUGUGUAUGCCUUCUUCUCUUACAGUGGACUUGCCAUGGAUGAAGAAAACAGAAGAAAGAUGAGAGGUAGUAGAGUAGUUUAUGUGCUAAAGGGAUAAGAUGAAGAAACACUGCAGUUGGGCCAUUCCAUUUUUCACCAUUGCAGGAAGUGCAAUAGGAGAAUUUCGAAACAGCAUUUAGAAACAUAUGCACACUUUGUUCUAGUUACUGUACAAUGUUUUGAAUUGAUUUAAUCCUCUGAAUCAUUUAGUUCCCUUGUAAAUUCUUAAGAUUCGGACGGGUACCAAAUGUAUGUACACACCUGAAUCUUGAAUGAUCUGAGUUGACGCUAACAUACUUUCACAGUUUUUUUUGAUAGAACCCAGUUGUUGAA